AUGCAGGAGGCAGAACGUCAGACGCCCAGCCGGUUUUCAGUUCAUACCCCGAAGCAAACUGCUACAGGGUCAUAUGUACCUAUGUACCGGUAUGUACCACUAAUUACAAGUACCAGUUACAAGUACUGCCGAGUACGAGCAGGAGCAUUUUGGUCUGGACUUGUCAUAUGCCAGCUCACCGUGGUGACAAAGGAGUCGCAUGACUACCCCGUCAUGCCUGGCAAACGCCAUAAGAAAUCUUUAUACGGAGCCGCACACAGCAUCAUGUAUUUGGUAGUACUCGCACUUACAAGGUACAAUGGAUCCAUGUAGCUUCUGAAUUAUUAAUCAGACGUUG